AUGCCAUUCCAGGGCCUACUUUGCCACGUCCGUCCUGUCGGGCACAGUUACCAGACAACCGUGCAAGUUCGCCUCGUAGGUAAAAUCCCGACGGGCGGCGCGGCCGCAGCAGUUGGCGUUUCGUCCUGCCUCUUCUCUCCCAUCUCCUCGCAUUGGUUUUAGGCCCUUCUUCUUUGCUGUUUUUCCGACUUUCUUUUUGAUUUUCAAGUUUUACUCGUUUUUCCCAAACUUUGCUCUUGUUGAACUAUGUCCAAUUCAACGAAAAAUUUUAGGCCAGUACGGAAAAGCCGCAAUCCUGCCGCCUUACACCAUUCAACCGAAUCAGCGUGGGACCGCUCAACAAACCCAAGUACUUUGUUUUUAUUUUAUUUUUUGGAAGUGAGAAAAGAUGAUUUCUCUUUCGAUCCUUGUUUUUCCACAAUUUUGCUGCAGCCCACGCUCUCUGUUCUAUUUCUUCUCAUUGAUUGAUUGUUCCCACGGUCGAUUUAAUGGAUCGUUUUCCGUCUUUUGAGAACAAGAAAACGUAUCAUUGCUUCCCGAGACAUUUACAAUAUUUUUUAUUGCUGGCGUGGUUUUUUGUUGAAGUUUGCGUGCAUUUCAGCAAAUGGCGGCAAUCGAAGAGGUCGAGGAAGGAGCGCCCGGAGGUUCGUCGGCCGGCGGCGCCGGAGACACGUCCAACGGUGUCGACGCUCGGGAAUCCGAACAAGGGCCGCCGCAAUACGGUUAGUCACUUUCAACAUUUCAAUAAUUGAAAAAAAAAGUAAAUUGAACGCAAAUUUGGGUGUUGAUAGUUCAAAGUGUAUUCAUUUUCUGUGGGAGAAAGUUUGAAAAAUCCCCGCAUUGUCGGUUCGAAAAUCGAGUCAAAUUAAAGUUUUAUUGUGAAAAAUGGAUGUAAGAGUAAACGAGGAUUUUCUGAUCAUUAAAAACGAGGGAAAAGAGUCUUGAAAAAAAAAAUUUGUAAAUGUUGCUCUUAAAUGCACCUACACUUUGAGAAAAGGUCAGAAGUUUUGAAAAUAUCACUAGAUAACUGCAUUUGAAAAGUGAACGUGAAUGUAUGAAUGAACACGCCAUCUCCGCACACAAUUGGCUUUUUUUCACAGAAAUUGGAAAUCAAAAUAAACACUUUAAUGCAUGCAGUUAUUCUCAUUUCUCGUACGUUCUUUUCAAUAAAAGUCACCGUUUUGCAUUUUUUUUUUUGAUACCGUCAAAGCGGUGAGUUCGUCUAACUUCGAGGCCGCUCUCUCUUUUGCUGUCACUGGUUAGUUCGUUUUUUCCGUUUCGGCAUCGCCUUAUCGUUCGGAGAAAAGAGAAAAAAGAAUGGCCUCAAGGAUCGCUCUUCGUCUUCGUUCUCGUCGUAACAAUAUUUCAAAACGGACGAAAUUGAGGCCGAUGUGCAUGGUAGAGUCGCUGAACAUUUCCUGGCAGGCCGAGCUUUUUGAAAUUUUUUUGAUGUCGCCACUCGAGUGAUUACGUUUUUUUCUGAUGAUCGCUGCAAGAGUUAGGAAGGUUUUUGUAAGUUUCAGAAACAGUAACAGAGAAAAUGAUGCAUAUAUCACAAAAUGCACGCUUAAUGAAGUUUUCAAUAGUAAAAACCCGUAAAUCGUCGCUUAAAAAGUUGCAAAUCGAUAAUAUUUGCGUGCGCCUUAAAGUUUUCAGAUUUUCAAAGUUCAGCGAUCAUUUUAAAAACAAGAGUACUGUUUCUAAAAAAAAAUCGAUUUUUUUCAAGUGGUCAAGUUAUUUUUUUAAUGAUAGCUCAGGUUAAAGAUUAAAAAAACGCCAUGAAAAAUGUAGGUACAAAAAAAUAAAAACUCUACAACAUUUGUAUCUAAAAAAAGAAAAAAAGCUUUUUUUACAUCGUUUCCAAGAUGAGAAUUGAAAUUUCUAUUGAAACAUAAAAAAAUAAUUUCAUUUGAGCGCCGCGUUCUCUCAUAAUUGCAUCACGUUAUGUAAUGUUGGUAGGGGUCUGUCUUUUUUGCGCUCCCCUUGUGUGUAACAUGGACCUUCUCCUUCUUUCUUUUUUGCCCCAAAGACCGUCUCGUCGCGUCGAACGGACAAACCACCGACUUUGGUUACAGUUGGAUUGGGAAAAAUACAAUACCUUCGGGUCGUGAGGGCAAUCGAUAAUUGCGAACGCGCUCUCGGGCACAGACACACAUGCGCACACUUUUUUUUUCUUCUCACCACUGAAAUAUCACCGCUCACCCUUGAUGUUUGUUACACAUCAAUCUUUUUUAAGAUAGGUAGUUACUGUGAAAGAUGAUAGAAUGUUUUAUCAUGUGUCUAAAUAACUAGAGGCCUCUAAAACCUAUAAGAAACCUUUUUUUUUGGAUAUUGGCGAAAAAAAUUCGAAUAACGUACUUUACUAUUUCAGUUUUUGGUUGUUAACAAUUUCUCUAGCUAACGAUGGAGUGAUUCAAAUUUAAAGCAUACAAGUAGAAAUACUUUAUUUUCUGGAAUAAAAAUCGUUGAAUACUCAGGCAACAGUUUUCCUAAGCUUCCUUUUUUGACAGGCUAUACGAAAUUCAUAAAAAGUUACACAGCUACUUUAAGUUUGUCUUUUUCAAAGGCUUCAAUUUGACAUGUGUAAUGUAAGGUUUCUAGAACGGAUUGAUUGCCACGCAAUACAUGGCUAUUUUGAAAAAAAUUGAAGAUGCUGGACGUUUUUUUUAUCGAAUGAAUUGCGUAUCGAGUUUGAUUGACAAUGUUUAUGUCUUGUUUGUUAAUAAUUGCUUUUUUAUUUCAAAAAGAAAAAAAAAACACCUGUUGAGAAAAAAAUUGAAAACAUUUUGCUCAACAGAUGUAACAAUUUAUUGCGAUCGAAAAAUGUUUUGUUUGGAAAAGAAAUAUCGUUUGAACUUUAAUGGGUAAUAUAUUUUUCAAAAAAACUUAUUUUUUUAUCUUUCUUUUGACGUUUCCGUUAAUGACAAAAAGUAAUUAGAACCAGUCGACGCAUGACGCCUCUAAAACUCAUAUUACGUGACUAAAUUCACAUCUAAACGCCGUAAAAACUUUCCGCUCGUUUGCGUUUGAAAAUUGUUUAUCGGGAAGAUGAGUUCAAAUGACUAAUUUUCGUAAGAACAGCAGAUAAUUAAAAAUAUUUUUGAUGACUCACUGUAUAGAGCCAAAGUUUAAUUAAAAUUCUUUUGACGUUUGCUCUCAUUUUUUUUUUCAUUUCGAAUUUCAUCUCGUAAUCAAGAAAUUUGCAGACUUUGGUGGACCAUCUGGACGCGCGAUGUCGCUCGAGUGUCAUCCGAACGCAUCGAUGAACCGUCGCUUUGCUGGAGGGAGGAUGAAUCUUUGCAUCUUGCACCAAGGCGCGGGACAGCCUUCUCAUCGGUGAAUAAUCAUAAAAACCAGAAAUUUUGAGCAAGAUCGCCUUUGACUCUGUUCAAAUUCCAUGCAAAAAGAUUGAAAAAUAUAUAUCAGAGAGACUGCGAAUGAGCAUAUCGAUUUUUCAGCCCAAUCCGCAAGAUCGUGACUUCCGUGGCUUGUCAAACGGAUGACGACGAGGAGUUCGGCCCGAUCACGCCAUUCGCCCAAAGUCAGUGAAACUUGCAAACAUUUAAGAAAAAUACCUCAAAUUUCAGGUAACGAUGGCGCCUCGUGUUCGGAUGGAGUUCUGAGGCUUAUGAUCCAGAACUUCAGAAACAUGGGCGAUACUGUGCGAGGACCGAGCAAACGGAUCCAAGGCGUCUGCUGGUGAGAUAAUAAAAGAAAACUUGAAAGAUACUCCGUCAGAAGCUGUUUGCCACACUUCGUUUUUCCAGGAUGAUAGUUUGAAGACUCAUCGUUUAAUUUUUGAAAACAAUUGUUUAUGAACUUCUUAGAAAAAUGCGAGUAGGGGUGAGAUUCACAGAGAACUAGAAAGGUCAAAGUUGCUUCAGGCAACGCCCCACUCCAGUGUCUUUGAACACAUUUGACCAACCAAUUUUCCAGGCGCAUAAUGGUGAUGCCUCGUCAGCACGUCGUCCAGAAGAAAGGGACGCAAAAAUGCCUGGGUUUCUUUCUUCAAUGCUGCCCUGAAGCGUACUCCGAGUACGUCCUAGAGUGAGUCGUCAGUUUGGGCGUUUUGACCUUAAUCACACCGUGUUUAUUUUCACAGAAUAAAAAGCAAUAGAUUCUGAUGCAAAAAAAAGAAUCAAUCUCGUUCAUCAAGUUCCACUCUGGAUCAUAAAACGUUCUUUGCUCUUAGAGAUCAUAGGCACAAAAAAUCGAUAAGUUGAAAAUAUCUAGUUUGAAACCAUGUCUUGCAGCGCGUGGUCGUGCCAAGCGUCGGCUGAAUUGCGCCUCAUCUCGCAAAAGGCUGGCGUCCCGCACUUCACCCGGAAGACCAACCACAUCUACACGGCCAAGGAGAACGACUGGGGCUACUCUUGCUUCAUGACUUGGGCUGACAUCCUUGAUGAGUCUCAGGGCUACAUCAAGGACGACCGAGUUGUCCUCGAAGUAACUGUUAAGGCUGACCCUCCAAAGAACAUCCUGUCAGUUUUUUUGUAUGAUUUUUUUCUUUACAUCCAACUAUACUGCAUCAUGAACACAUAUUUACAGGACCUUGGAAGACUUUCGCAAAAGCAUCCAAAACUGGUAUGACCUGGCGGACAUGCAGUAUCACCGUGGAUGCAUUGAUCUCGCGAUCGAAGCCAACGCCCAAGCCAUCAAGUUCUGCAAGGAGAAAGAUCCCGAAUGCCAGACGCGUUUGAUGGAGCAGAAGAACUUUUUCAUCGACAUGAAGCUUGUCGAGAGCAUCCAUCGCAUCGAGAAAGGUAUGUUGACUGGUAUUGAUCCUAGCAAUACUCCUAUUCGAACAAUUUUUGCAGUUUGUGGCAAAGAGGCGAAAAAAGAGGAGGACGGUUCUUCGAACCAAAACGCUGUUCGUCUGGCUCUUACUGCUAACACCAGCAAGAGCAAUAAGAAGGACAAAAACAAGAAGAACAUGAAGGUUGGCUCAAUCUAUUUCGUUCUCAUUUUUCAUUUUUUCAUUAACAGAACAAGAAAGGCCGAGCUGCGACCCCGAGUACUCAGGAACAGCAGAAGCAGCAGCUCCAACAGCAUCUGCAGCAUCAACAACAGCUCCAGCAAAAAGUUCAUCAGCAGCAGUUGUUGCAGAAGCAAAAGUUGGAGAAACUGCAACAACAGCAUCAGCAAGUUCAAAAGCUGAAAAAUGCCCGAAUCAUCAGCGAAGUGAAAACGGAGAAAGCCAACUCUGUCCAAAACAGUGCCGGAAUAGCUGGCAAAGCCGUCAAGAUAAUAGCAAAAGCGUCUCCGGCUUCUCCCCCACCGGCCAAAAAGGCUGCUCUGGAGAAGAAGGGCAAGAAUGAGAAAGAGAGCGAUGCCAAGGAAAAGGAAAAAGACCAGAAGAAUGAGAAGAAGAAGGAGUCUGACAAGAGUGACAAGCCUGAGAAGAACGAAAAAAACGACAAGAACGACAAGAACGAGAAGGACGAGAAAAAGGGAGGCAAUGACAAGAGCGGCAAAGACGACAAGAAAGACAAAGAUGACAAGGGUGAUAAGAAAGAUCAGAAGGAUAAAGACGAGAAGAGCGACAAGAAUGAUAAGAAAGAAAAGAAGGAGAAAAAGGAUAAGAAGAACAAGAAAAAUGCCGGAUGCUCAACGUCCACCGAGCCCACGGCUUCUUCCUCGUCUCCCGUCGUCGGCUUUUACAACCCGGUAUUUAUUUUUUCGAUGAAUAACAUCAUUUUUAAGAAAAUUUAAAAUGAGAAUUUCCAUCCUUUCAGAAACUGUUCGGAGAGGAAGGCAUUGUGACUUGGGCAAAGCGCAGCAAGCAGGAGGACGAGAUGUACUCUCGAGUCGUCAACACCAUGCAGAGCGACUUCGCACAGCCGGACCUUACGCCUGCUGAGCGCGACUCCUUCGUCAUGCGCUACAUGACCGAGCAGAUGAAACAUCUUUACAUCCACGACAAGGAGAAUAACAAGAAACGCAACUGGUACUCGAUGCAUCAGCUCCGACAGUUUGCCGAGAACGCUUUUGAAGUUGAGCUCCAGCGCCAGUUCAUCAUCAAGACCGUCAGUUUUGCUUUCAAAAUUAGUUCAAAAAAUUCUCACACGCAAAACUACAAAUUCCAGUUUUUAAUGUACUUGAAUGCAAAAAAAAAACUACAAAAUAUUUUUCUCCUACAAUUUUAACCGAUUCCAGGCAACCCAACACGCUCGGGAAUACAUGAACAAAGCCAUCGCGAAGGGCGAGGUAAAUCUUUCAAAAAGGCUCUUCUUAUACAAAAUCUCAUCAGAAGGUGAGCGGCACGUACGAGAAAGUUGAAUGGGACGUCUCCCUGCUGUUCGACAGCAACAAGAAAGACGAGAGAAUCAAGAUCAUUGACCGGGAAGCCGGUUUCCUCGAUGCCAAAAUUCGUCUUUUUUGGGUAAAUACUUCAUUCAUUCUGAAAAUGGAUCAUGAAAGUAGUCAAAAUUCCAAAAAGCUUUUCAUCUCAACGGAUUUUUGAUCUUGAGCAAAAAUUAUUCAUGAACCUUAUAAUGCUUUUUAUCUAGGAUGCAUUGGGCGGUAUGGAUGCCUUUGUAAGUUUUGCCUAUACAUUAUUUUUGUCUUCGAGCAUGGAAACUUUGUGUUGGGUGGUGUUUGUGUUACUUCUCUGAAAUUUUCUGAUCGGCUUCAAACUUUCGAGAAACUAACUACUGCAUGAUUUAUCAUGUUUUGAUCUAAUCAAUAAUGAAACGAAUUUCGUUUUCUAUUGAAUUUCAUUUUGCUAGUCCACUGUGAACAAAAAUGCACUCAGCAAAAUUUUUCCAGGAAGCGAAAAAUAUUCUGAAAAGAAAUCCAGAAGAAUGUUUGCUUAAUGUUUUUGUUUCAUAAAAAGAAACUUUGAUUUCUGGUGUUGUGUGAUUGUUUCUGUCUCGACCGCACCUCUUUCAGCAAUGUCAGAGAAUUUUCUCUCACCUUAGCCUACUCCCUUGUCUUCUUCGCUUUGCAUGCUUCUUGGUUUCGCUUUGGCACUUUUUUUUAUUAAGCAUUGAGCUGAUUUCAGUUGGAAAGCGAUGAGUCGGACCGCGAGUCUGUGUCUUCCCGCGACUCUCAUGACCGACAGAACGACGGCUGCAUCAAGGCGAAACGGUCCAAGAUCGAGCACACUUGCGACUCUUGCCUCAAGGUCCUUUUGCAGAUCCGACGAAUGAUAACUUUACCGAAUAUCACAAAGAUAAAAAAGCCAAAAUCUAUUCUUACAGCUUGUAAUAUUUUGAAAAAGCCAGUUGAUUUGAAAAACAGGGAUGAUUUUAUUGUAGAAUCACUCUUUGUCACACUCGGUAAACUUUCACGGAACCUCGAUUCAAUUUUUUAAGGCUCAGUAAGCGGGUAAUUUAUUACACAUUCAAAAAAGCUAGCAUUUUUUCAUUGUAUGAGCUUACUCACGCGCAUGGUUUUUUUCAAAAAAAUAACUUUUUAGUUGAAAAAAAUGAACAAAAAAAUCUGUUGGAUCGAAAAAAAGUUUGAUUUCCACUAAAAGCUUUCUCACAUCCCUAAUAAUGAUUCAGCCAUUUUUUUUAUGAGUACUAGAAGUAAAAAAAAAUGAAGAUGUAUUUGGCAAUGUCGAACCAAAAAAAGCAAGAAGUUUACAGGAAGCUUACUGUUCGUAUCCAUACAUGUGUGAUUCCGAGUGUCAAACGGAACCCGUGCAAAAGCCUGUCGCCGACAUUGUCGCGCUGAAGGACCCGUUGGUGGUUUCGAUUCCGCCGACGCCUCCUCUUCCACCGGCGCCUCAGGAGCAAGCUCAACCUGUUCCCAACCGCCCGGUGAAAAAGGUCAGAGUUUAAAGUCAAUCAGUGGAAUGACGCGUGAAACUGCAGGCCAAUAAGAAGAACAAGAAGGAAGAUGCUUCAACGUUGGUCAACGGACAGGCGCAAACGGAAACGGCGGUUCAAGUCGUCCCGACUGCAGACAUUCCCGUCGUUGAGGCUGGCGCCGGCUCGUCUUCCUCCUUGGAAAUCGUGGUAUGUGGUUAGCUUACACUAAUAAGAACCGAAAAAUCCUACAAAGCGAUUCAUUUUUUCUGAAACAUUUUCUAAAAAUUUUGAAUGGAAAUGACACAACUGAAACGGGAAAGUAAGAGUUUCUGAAAAAUUGCAAGAAAUCUGAACAUCAACAUGACAUUCCUUUUUCAGACAAUCGACUCGCCGACAGGAUCGAUGCAAGCGGGUCAGAACUGGGAUCCGAAUGAUGAACAUGUAAUGAAACCGUGAAGCGACAAAAACAUAUAUGUUUAUGAUUUUUCUAGUCGCAAGCGAUGAAUGCUCUGGCUCUUCACUGUGCCUACUAUCGACAGCUCGUGGCCAAGUUCGAAGAGCUCAUGCACACCAUCAGCAAGAACAGCUGUGACCCGGCCGCUCGUUCAACCCUUCGCCUUGUUUCUGUUCUUGCCGGCAAUGCCUAUGUCGAAAAUGACGGUUUUUACAUCUUAUAUUGAUUUUUUUCAUACCAAUCAACUUCAGAAAAAUUCUACCUGGAACCUUUGUUCAUUCCGGAGCCGUACACUACUGAUCCUAACCCUGCCAAUUUCUACUCCAGGGUUCUCCAAAUCCAAAAUCGGGAAAUGGCCAUCACCAAUAUGGUUCGUCGCAAGGAAAACCUAACACUGAAGAAUGUCUGAUUUGCAGCUCAAUGAACGCAUCGAAGCCUGCCGGGAAUAUAUCCAGAAAUACCUCUUUUUCGACAGAGAUGAUACCGAACGCAUGGUUUCCGGCAUUCGACGAAUCGAAGAGAGCAUGAAGCUUAUGACGCUCCGACACGCGGAUAUGAAAAAAGAUGCCGAGGAAGCCGAUAGGCGCACAAAGAAGAUGGAGAAGCAGUUGCGCGACGAGAACAAGAACCUCAAAAACCAAUGGACCAACGAGAAAGAGAAAAGCUCGACGCUGAACAAAGAGCUCAAAGAGAAAACGAGAUCUGCUAAGAACGCCGAAAACCGCAUCAGCAACCUCACGUAAGUUUUUUUCAUUCAAGAAUGAAAAUCAGAGCAGCCACUUUUUACAGCUCUGAGAAAGACGAGCUUGUUGAGAAGCAGAAGCAAAUGCAGAAGGAAUUGAGCACUGUGCAAAAGAAACUCAACGAUGAAACUCAGAAAGCCAAAAGGGAAAUUCAUCAAUUGACGGAAACUAAGAAAGUUCUGCAGGUAUUGAAACGGACUUUGCUCUGAAAACUUCAUUGUGUGGUUCAGGGAGAGAUCAGCCUUCGGGACGCCGACUUGAAGAACCACGUUGCCCAGGCUGAAGAGCAUACCGCUCUUUUGAAGAAAUUCAAAGAUGAGCUCAACACUGAAAAGAACAAGAACAAUCAGCUCCAACAAAACCUCACAAAUGCCAAUGAGCGCGCAAGAAAGAGCGAAGUUUGAAACCAAUAAUUUCAUGGAGCAUACGAUUUUUUCAGCUCCAAAUGCUCACUGUACAAGAAAACUGCGGCUCAAUCAUCUUCGAACAGCAUAUUCAAGAGGCUAUGCGCACAAGCCAAGAAUUGGAGGAUAUGGCCAACGAAAAGUUUGUCCGGAGAGUGUUUCAAAAAUAUGUGAAACGUUCAGGAAUGGCGAUCGUGGCCGAUCGGAAAGCGAGAUUGCAGCCGCCAAAGCUUCGCGCGAAGAGUGGAUCAAGUUCACUGAAGAUCUUAAUGUAAAUUGUUUUUUUCCAGUUUAAAAACAAAUUACGAGCUUUCAGACAAUCCUCACCACCUUCAAGAGCAGUCACGAAAAGUACAUAGAAUCGCUCAAGGCCGGCAAGACCAUCAGUUCCCUUCCACGGCUCACCAUUCCCGAAGUCCCUCCGGCGCCUCAGAAACUCACAGUGAGAGCAAAACUUUGAGAAACAUUUAUUGAGCGAGAAGUUCCAGUUGCCUCCGAUCCCUCCGCCGGAACCUGCUAAGCCAUCUCCAGGCGUCAUUGGUACUAGACCUGGUGGUCACACCACACGCAACAUGUCUCCAAACAACGCGGUUUGUGAAAAUAAACAUCAAACUUUUCUAUCUUAGAGUUUCAGGCUUCUCGCUCUCCAAAUACCGCUCAGAAUGGACCAAUUCUUCAAGGCAACAACCUUCAGAAGCAAGUUCAUCCAUCGCCUCCGAUGCCAAGCAAUAACUCACCGUCUCGUCACGGACCAAUCGGAAGUCGCCCAAGAAGGGGAACUCCCAACGGAAACGGCGAGACUCCCUCCAGCAGCAUGAACGUCGCGCCUACUCAGUCGCUUGGAUCUCUGGUUAGCACCUUUUUGAAUGAUUUUUUGCAAGUUUAUAAUGUUUCAGUGGUCCGAGAAUGUGACACCCAACGCUGAACCUUUCACUUCCAACAAACGUUAUGUCAACAAUGACUAUCGUUAGUUUCAAGAAUUUUCGAGCGGUGAAAACUAAAAUUCGAAUUUCAGUUGGGGCCACCGACCUUGGCAGCGGCUUGUUCGGAUCCACUUGGUCGGAUGACUCGCCGUGGGGCCCUUCGCUCAUUCCCAACGGAAUCGCUUCUUCCUCGAUCGGCCAGAACUCCAACAUAAACAACCUCAACACGGUGCUCACUUCGUCUUCUGGUCUCAACAAUUCGUACAAUGGAGCUCCCAACGUCACGACCAGCAACAGCUACAUGAACCCUUUGAGUACCAACUUUACCAACUCGAGCUCCACUUGGGGAAUGACUAGCGAUAUCCAGCGUCAACUUCUCAUGCGCGUGAGUUUAAAGUUAAAAUAACUUUUUUCGAAGUUUCAUACUUGAAAUACAUUAAAAGUUGAUUCAAGUUCAUAAAAGUUGUCAUUUCAGCAACAUGAGCAUCAGCGUCAGCAUUUCCAGCAGACGGUCACGGCUCUCUCCAAGAAGAUGUCGAUGGACAUCGAUAAGUGCGCGGAGAUCGUUCAGGAUUUCUGCCGCGACCACAAGAUCACCAGCUACAACCUGACCGCCGACGACGCCACUGUCGAUCGACUCCGCGAACACUACGCCAAGCGUAUUGCUACGAUGCGCAUGUCGGCUCCACCUGGUGCAGCUCCAGGAUAUUCGGUCAAUCCGCUCAUGAACAGCUUCAUGAUGGAGCGUCAGAUGACCCCGACCUUCAAUUAUCUCGAACAUUCGAUUAAUGAUCGCCCCAGUCUUGGCAACGAGAAAUGGUCCAACGGAAUCUGA